AUGGAAUUCAUACGUUGCACGUUCUCACAUUCGACUCGAGCACACGUGCUCCAGAUCGCGUCUCCAGUACCGACUAAGCACUGGAGCAAAUUCGACGCCAUCCUAGAAUGGAAGGAGCAGACAUCGCAGGCAUUCGACGUUGGUUCCUGCGACGACGAGCGGAUCGUGCUUCCACCUAUGCGUGCCCUAGACGCAACUUUGCGCGAGGAUAAACGACGACGCGACUGGACCACCUACCGCAAGGUAGUCGAGGCCGAUCCUAAUACCACCGUCGCGCCCCCUUGGCCUCCAUUCGCUCCUCCUCCGCGCUUCCCUUCCCCCGAGCUGGAAGAUUCACCUCCAAUAUUCGAGUCGUCGACAUCUACCUAUUCUGACACCGCUAGCUGCCACGGCCUGUCACCCGCGAAUGGAGAAUUUGGCGGGUAUGCACGGUGGAAAUACGUUCUUGAGAGGUUCACCCCCGCAAGCCCUCCGUCGACCUGUGAACACGCGGAUGGAGAACACACCUCGGUCUCCGAAUCUUCCUCCCCGCGUACGCUCUCAGAUACCACUGGUACAACAGCGUCGUCCAGCCUUACCUCAGACACACUCUCCGAAAACGCCGAGGAAAUGAGCGCAGCUGCUGCGGUACAGCACACGUCGGACACGCACGGCAGCGGUGCUGGAAACACAGAUGACCUUGCGGUUUGCAUCGCGCAGAUGCUGCUCGAGUGCAGGGAGGAAGCCGAGCUGAAGCCGAGCGCGGAAGCGUUCUUCGAGGAGGACGCAUUGGCCGAUGGGGAUAUAUACGACCACGAGUUGGAAGAGGAGAUCCGUGAAAGGGCAGCGAUCGCGCAGGAGCUGAACUGGAUGCUCAUGGGGGUGCUGCCGAUGGGGUGA